AUGACCCCUGUUAAUAAUCCACCAGCGCAGACAAGACACCGUGGCCCAGCCGGCGGAGCCAUCGCCCGCGGGUGCGGCCUCUGCCCCGGUCUCCACGAGUCCCCGUCCACGCUGCGUUGGAGCUGCUGUUCCUGGUUUAUCUUUAAAGGGCAGAACCAGAGUGACCGGGGGCCCCGGGGUGCCCGUGGGUCCUGGGGUGACCGUGGGCUCUGGGGUGCCCGUGGGCCCCGGGGUGACCGUGGGCUCUGGGGUGACCGUGGGCUCUGGGGUGACCGUGGGCCCCGGGGUGACCGUGGCUCUGGGGUGACCGUGGGCUCUGGGGUGACCGUGGGCUCUGGGGUGACCGUGGGCUCUGGGGUGCCCGUGGGCCCCGGGGUGACCGUGGGUCCUGGGGUGCCCGUGGGCCCCGGGGUGACCAUGGGUCCUGGGGUGCCCAUGGGCCCCGGGGUGACCGUGGGCUCUGGGGUGGCCAUGAGCUCUGGGGUGACCGUGGGUCCUGGGGUGCCCGUGGGCUCUGGGGUGACCGGGGGCCCCGGGGUGGCCAUGAGCUCCGGGGUGACCGUGGACUCUGGGGUGACCAGGGGCCCCGGGGUAUCCGUGGGCUCUGGGGUGACCGGGGGCCUCGGGGUGACCAUGGGCCCUGGGGUGACCGUGGGCUCUGGGGUGACCAGGGGCCCCGGGGAGACCGUGGGCUCUGGGGUGACCAUGGGCCCCGGGGUGCCCGUGGGCUCUGGGGUGACCAUGAGCUCUGGGGUGACCGGGGGCCCCGGGGUGACCGUGGGCUCUGGGGUGACCGUGAGCUCCGGGGUGACCGGGGGCCCCGGGGUGACCGUGGGUCCUGGGGUGACCAUGGGCCCCGGGGUGCCCGUGGGCUCUGGGGUGACCAUGAGCUCUGGGGUGACCGGGGGACCCAGGGUGACCAUGAGCUCUGGGGUGACCGGGGGACCCAGGGUGGCCAUGAGCUCUGGGGUGACUGGGGGCCCCAGGGUGGCCAUGAGCUCUGGGGUGACCGGGGGCCCCAGGGUGGCCAUGAGCUCUGGGGUGACCGUGGGCCCCAGGGUGGCCAUGAGCUCUGGGGUGACCGUGGGCCCCGGGGUGACCGUGGGCCCUGGGGUGACCAUGGGCCCUGGGGUGACUGUGGGUCCUGGGGUGACCAGGGGCCCCGGGGUGACCGUGGGCAUUGGGGUGACCGUGGGCUCUGGGGUGACCGUGGGCUCUGGGGUGACCAUGGGCUCUGGGGUGACUGUGGGCCCCGGGGUGACCGUGGGCCCCAGGGUGGCCAUGAGCUCUGGGGUGACCGUGGGCCCCGGGGUGGCCAUGAGCUCUGGGGUGACCGUGGGCCCCGGGGUGACCGUGGGCUCUGGGGUGACCGUGGGCUCUGGGGUGACCGUGGGCUCUGGGGUGACCGUGAGCUCCGGGGUGACCGGGGGCCCCGGGGUGACCGUGGGUCCUGGGGUGACCAUGGGCCCCGGGGUGCCCGUGGGCUCUGGGGUGACCAUGAGCUCUGGGGUGACCGGGGGACCCAGGGUGGCCAUGAGCUCUGGGGUGACCGGGGGACCCAGGGUGGCCAUGAGCUCUGGGGUGACUGGGGGCCCCAGGGUGGCCAUGAGCUCUGGGGUGACCGGGGGCCCCAGGGUGGCCAUGAGCUCUGGGGUGACCAUGGGCCCCAGGGUGGCCAUGAGCUCUGGGGUGACCGUGGGCCCCGGGGUGACCGUGGGCCCUGGGGUGACCAUGGGCCCUGGGGUGACUGUGGGUCCUGGGGUGACCAGGGGCCCCGGGGUGACCGUGGGCAUUGGGGUGACCGUGGGCUCUGGGGUGACCGUGGGCUCUGGGGUGACCGUGGGCUCUGGGGUGACCAUGGGCUCUGGGGUGACUGUGGGCCCCGGGGUGACCGUGGGCCCCAGGGUGGCCAUGAGCUCUGGGGUGACCGUGGGCCCCGGGGUGGCCAUGAGCUCUGGGGUGACCGUGGGCCCCGGGGUGACCGUGGGCUCUGGGCUCUGGGGUGACCGUGGGUCCCGGGGUGACCGUGGGCCCUGGGGUGACCGUGAGCCCCGGGGUGACCGUGGACUCUGGGGUGACCAUGAGCCCUGGGGUGACCGUGGGCUCUGGGGUGACCAUGAGCUCUGGGGUGACCGUGGGCUCUGGGGUGACCGUGGGCCCCGGGGUGACCGAAGGAGGGUGGAUGUUAAAGACCCGCCGGGUACCGUGUGGAAGGACCGAGGGCCCAACGAGACAAUCUGA